ACUGACUUGUUAUACUCGGCAUUCGGUUGCCUCUACUCGCCCACUAGCACAAUGGAAGCGAUGGGAACCGCUAAAAGAAAAACAGUUGUCCGGCUCAAUGUCUAUGAUAUGUACUGGCUCAAUGACUACGCAUCCAACAUCGGCGUCGGCAUUUUCCAUUCGGGUAUCGAGAUUUUUGGAGUUGAAUACGCAUAUGGAGGUCACCCGUAUCAAUUUUCUGGAGUCUUUGAGAACUCGCCACAAGACGCCGAAGAGCUCGGAGAAACAUUCAAAUUCAAAGAGUCGAUUGUCGUCGGAGAGACAGAACAUAGCACAACAGAUGUUCGUAGAUUGAUCAAAGCACUCGGAGAGGACUUCCGUGGAGAUCGGUACCAUCUGAUAUCUCGAAACUGCAAUCACUUCAGCGCAGUUCUGGCUCGUGCUCUGACCGGAAAAGAGAUUCCAGGAUGGAUUAAUCGUUUGGCUAACUUGAGCGGAAGUAUUCCUUUCCUUGAGAAAUGCAUUCCACAAGAAUGGCUCACCCCAAUUGUACUUCAAGCAUCGGUUGAUGAAAAGAAAAGAGGAUCUGUGGAUUCUGCAGAAGAAGCAACAGAGAAGCUUGUAGUUCGAUCGCUGAACGACUCUCGCACAACUAUCAUUGAUAACCGUACCGCAAACGGAAGCAUUAUGAUGUCAGCUACCUCAUCGAACUCGGAUCGUAUCUGUAUGUCUCCAUCCUCUUCUUCUUCUUCUGCUUCCUCCUGUGAUACUCUCGAUUAUGACGAUCUGAUUGUUCAAACUCCUUCAUCAUACUCAAAUGAAAAGAAAUCGCGCAGCAACUCUCCACCGAUCUUCCGCUUCUGGAAUACUAUCAAAGCAACUAUUAAUGGAACACAACAAACGGCUCCUACUGGAACUGCGACUGUGAUUCCUGCCUCAGCUGCUUCCAACAUCGGCAGAGCUAGUACCACUAACGGGGCUACAAGUAACGGACUCGCAAAGCCAACGUAUUCUGAAUGCUAG